CUGCUGCAGGCUGACUCCGCUAGUAUCCGCGAGAAACGCAGCUUGAAUCACCUUUUCUUUCACGAGGCUCAGCGAGUCUUUCAUGACCGACUAAUUGACAACGAUGACAAGCAUUUCUUUAACGAAAUUCUCGCUGAUAUUUCAAAUAGAUAUUUCGGUGAAGUGAGUCUUUUUCAAUAG